AUGUUCUCCAACACAUCAUCUGCCUCGCACCGCACCAGCAGCACAGACAAGACCCUGUUUCGCGGAAGUUUUUCUUGGGUCGUUUUCUGCCGUUUCCACAGAGCUCGAGUUUCCCACCGCUCUCCCCCUUUUCCUCCCAUCAUCCACGUCUCCACGGCCCCGCUUCACCCCACGCCUAAUAGCUUCCUUCCUCCUCCUACACGCUCUCACCUGAACCAUCGAAUUUUUUUUUCUUCCAAGGAUGCAGCGAUGGUCCCCGGUAACCCGAUCCGGCAGACAGGAGCAGAGGGCCGGAGGACAGGAGUAGAGAGGAGGGGGCAAAGUGGUUCCAUGUGA